CCCUCGGUGCGCGGGCACAGCAGCCAGGCUGCCGGAGAGCUGAUCUCGGGGAUUCGGGUGCCGAGCCCUUGGCCUGGAGGCGAUAUGGGUGGUCCGUGGCCCGGUUCAGUCGCUCGCAGCAGCCCGGGGAACAGGCCUGUCUGGCCCUGAGGGAGUCCCCUUUCUGAAGCGGUGGUGCUUGGACGACCAGCUCUCCACGUUGCCGGGCACCUGUAGGUGUCCCUCGAGAGCACAGUUUUGAGGUUCAAGUCAGUGUGGCCAUGAAGGGGCUGCCUAUUGGGCUGAUGCUGUGACCCUGGAGUCUGCCUCUCCUGCCAGUCCCCCUGCCCGGAACAUGUGGCUGCGGCUUGGCCUGCCCUCGCUGCCCCUGAGCCCCACGCCCGCAGUUGGCCGGAGCCUGUGCCUCACCCUGUGGUUCCUCAGUUUGGUGCUGAGGGCCAGUACCCAGGCCCCAGCACCCACAGUCAAUACUCACUUUGGGAAGCUAAGGGGUGCCCGGGUGCCAUUGCCCAGUGAGAUCCUGGGUCCUGUGGACCAAUACCUGGGGGUGCCCUACGCAGCUCCCCCGAUCGGCGAGAAACGUUUCCUGCCCCCUGAACCACCCCCGUCCUGGUCGGGCAUCCGGAACGCCACACACUUUCCCCCAGUGUGCCCCCAGAACAUCCAUACAGCUGUGCCCGAAGUCAUGCUGCCCGUCUGGUUCACUGCCAACUUGGAUAUCGUCGCUACUUACAUCCAGGAGCCCAACGAAGACUGCCUAUAUCUGAAUGUCUAUGUGCCCACGGAGGAUGUAAAGCGGAUUUCCAAGGAAUGCGCCCGAAAGCCCAACAAGAAAAUAUGUAGGAAAGGAGGAUCCGGCGCUAAGAAACAGGGCGAGGACUUAGCGGAUAAUGACGGGGAUGAAGAUGAAGAUAUUCGGGACAGUGGUGCUAAGCCUGUCAUGGUCUACAUCCACGGAGGCUCUUACAUGGAAGGGACUGGCAACAUGAUUGAUGGCAGCGUCCUUGCCAGUUAUGGCAACGUCAUCGUCAUCACCCUCAACUAUCGAGUUGGGGUACUAGGUUUCCUGAGCACUGGAGAUCAGGCUGCCAAGGGCAACUAUGGGCUCCUUGACCAAAUCCAGGCCCUCCGCUGGGUGAGCGAGAAUAUUGCUUUCUUUGGAGGAGAUCCCCGCCGUAUUACCGUCUUUGGCUCGGGCAUCGGUGCAUCCUGUGUCAGCCUCCUCACACUGUCACAUCACUCUGAGGGGCUUUUCCAGAGAGCCAUCAUCCAAAGUGGCUCUGCUCUGUCCAGCUGGGCUGUGAACUAUCAACCAGUGAAGUAUACCAGCCUGCUGGCAGACAAAGUGGGUUGUAAUGUACUGGACACUGUGGAUAUGGUGGACUGUCUUCGGCAAAAGAGCGCCAAGGAGCUGGUAGAACAGGACAUCCAGCCCGCCCGCUACCACGUGGCCUUUGGCCCUGUAAUUGAUGGUGAUGUCAUUCCUGAUGACCCUGAAAUCCUCAUGGAACAGGGCGAGUUCCUCAACUAUGACAUCAUGCUAGGUGUCAACCAGGGUGAGGGUCUCAAGUUUGUAGAAGGGGUGGUGGACCCUGAGGAUGGUGUCUCUGGCACUGACUUUGACUAUUCUGUCUCCAACUUUGUGGACAAUCUGUAUGGUUACCCUGAGGGUAAGGACACCCUGCGGGAGACCAUCAAGUUCAUGUACACAGACUGGGCAGACCGUGACAACCCUGAGACCCGUCGUAAAACACUGGUGGCACUCUUCACUGACCACCAGUGGGUGGAGCCCUCUGUGGUGACAGCUGAUCUGCAUGCCCGAUAUGGCUCACCUACCUAUUUCUACGCCUUCUACCAUCACUGCCAGAGCCUCAUGAAGCCUGCUUGGUCAGAUGCAGCACAUGGGGAUGAAGUACCCUACGUUUUUGGUGUCCCUAUGGUAGGCCCCACUGACCUUUUCCCCUGCAACUUCUCCAAGAAUGACGUUAUGCUCAGUGCUGUCGUCAUGACCUAUUGGACCAACUUUGCCAAGACUGGGGAUCCCAACAAGCCGGUCCCCCAGGACACCAAGUUCAUUCACACCAAGGCCAACCGAUUUGAGGAAGUGGCCUGGUCCAAAUACAAUCCCCGAGACCAGCUCUACCUUCACAUCGGGCUGAAACCAAGGGUCCGUGAUCAUUACCGAGCCACUAAGGUUGCCUUUUGGAAACACCUGGUGCCCCACCUGUACAACCUGCAUGACAUGUUCCACUAUACAUCCACAACCACCAAAGUGCCGCCCCCGGAUACCACCCACAGCUCCCACAUCACCCGCAGGCCCAACGGCAAGACCUGGAGCACCAAGCGGCCAGCCAUCUCUCCUGCCUACAGCAAUGAGAAUGCCCAAGGGUCCUGGAACGGGGACCAGGAUGCCGGGCCUCUCCUGGUGGAGAACCCUCGAGACUACUCCACUGAAUUAAGUGUGACCAUCGCUGUGGGGGCCUCCCUCCUGUUCCUCAAUGUUUUGGCUUUUGCUGCCCUCUACUACCGGAAGGACAAACGGCGCCAGGAGCCUCUGAGGCAGCCUAGCCCCCAGAGGGGAGCUGGAGCCCCUGAAUUGGGAGCUGCUCCUGAGGAGGAGCUGGCAGCAUUACAGCUUGGACCCACUCACCAUGAGUGUGAGGCUGGUCCCCCCCAUGACACACUGCGCCUCACUGCAUUGCCCGACUAUACCCUGACCCUGCGGCGCUCCCCCGAUGACAUCCCACUCAUGACCCCCAACACCAUCACUAUGAUUCCCAACUCCCUGGUAGGGCUGCAGACAUUGCACCCCUAUAACACCUUUGCUGCAGGGUUUAACAGUACCGGGCUGCCCCACUCACAUUCCACUACCCGGGUAUAGCUCCAACCCAGAGCACAGCUCAUCUCCCAGCUCCCUCCCUUUCAGAUCCACAAACACAUGCACAUAUGCAUGUGCGCACGCACGCGCACACACACACAUACACACACACACACACACACACACACACAUAUAUACAUAUGUAUACGCACGCACCCACACCCUACAGCAGACCCAUCUGCACAAACAUAGACAGAUGUGGACAUGCACCCGCAUGUACAAAAACACAAAUACUGAAGUAAACCUGGACAAACCCUGCAAAUGGGGACACAAAUGAGUCCUUGGUAAACCAAGGAUCCAUGAAACAGCAGCUGAAGCCAGCUCCCUGAGCCUGACCACAGACACUCCUGGGGGGCCUGAAAGCAACAGCUGGACACCCCCUUGGUGCUCGCCUUUGGCCUCUCUUGGAACUGCACCAACGACCAACUCCAGACUUGGGAGCUUUAAAGAGCAGAGUAGCUCUUCCUCCCCCAGACUUGGUCUUUUUUCUGGGUCUUGUUUUUGUUGAUUUUUUUUAAAAUUUUUGGAACAAAUGCUUUUCCAACCCAUGAGUGCUAAGAGGCUCUGGAAGGGAGGGUUCCAGGCUCAGAUCUUUCUGGUUUUGGAACCCCCAGUGCUCACACAAUCAGACCAAGGAACAGGACUCCCAAGAAAGGAACAGAUUUGAGCACAACCAUGGGGUGAAUGGAGGAAGGGGCUAAUGAUGGAUGGGGCUGGAGGGCCAUUAAAGAGAGAUUUCCAACCUUUUCUGUGUCCCUGUGGAGGGAUGCAGAUCCUGCAGGGUGACCUGUUUCCCCUGAAGGCAAACAGCAUUGACCUGGCUAGACCAGGGGACCCUAGGUUUGGCAAACAAGGUACUGUGGAGGCCAUGUCAUUAUUACCCCCUCCCCACCCCACCCCCCGGGUAUAUAAUCUGGGUUCUGCCUCUGCCCUUGGGGAAAUGCUAUCAGAAAUUCACCCCAUUUUCUUUACAGUCUUUUGUGUCUGUCAUUUCUCUUUCAAAAAGGCGGUGUUUUUGUUGUUGUUGGCUUUUUUUUUUUUUAAAGAAAAGUUCUUAAAACACUAACGGAAACCCAUGGAGUUUGUCCUUUGUAAAAAUUUUAAACACAGUGUCUUGAUAUAAAAAUAAAAAAUCCAGUUAGCACUCCCAA